GUAGGGAAAUUACGAGGAAGACAGUGGGCGGGCGGUCAGAGAAGAAACAUGGCAUGAACAGAGAGAGAAAGUGUGUGUGCAUGGGAAAUCAGCACAAGAAAGGGAAAUAGUUGGGUAGUCAGAGAGGGAGAGCUGCAGGAAAACAAGAGAGAGAGUGAGGAAAGAGAAGAGAGAAGAGAGGAGAGAAGAGAGAAGAGAGAAGAGAAGAGAGAGGAGAGAGAGAGGAGAGAGAGGUGGGAAAUGAAGGGAAGAAAUGGGGUGCGUGGUCUUACCCCGUGUUUUGACAGCUUCAAACUUGAACAAUAUAUGCUUUCGAGUCGGAUGGUGUGUUGAAGUUAUCUGGGGUGAGAGACAAGAAAACUUUGGCUCCCUGUGUGUUCCAUGGUGGUGAAAGUUACCAUUAAUGAAUUCAUUAAGGGGGUGCCCCCUCCUAUAUAAAGGCCAAGCAUGUUGGACACAGUCCUCAUAGUUAUCCACACACAGUACAUCUUUUGGCCUUGGCUUAGUUGAUGGUUCCUCCCCUUCAUCGCUUUGUAGAAACGAAAAGCCAAGAGCCUAGGAAUCUAUUUAUCUGAAAAUUAGAAAAAACCAUUUUUUCUCUGCUGAUACUUUGAUGGGUCAAUCUCUUUCAUCAUUCCCUUCACUCUGGGGAGAAGAUUUGGAAGCGUACAGAGAUAGAAUCAGGGACUCAACCAAUAACAUCGAGACUGUAAUACUGAGAUCAAUCAGUUUUGAUGGAGAAGAAGUAGAAACCAGCGUUAGGUCACUUAGCUUUAAAAGAGGUGAUCCUAAGAGCAUUUUGAGAUCAGUUGGGUCAGGGAAAAUGGUUCUUCAAGAAUCAUUAAGCUCCAAGAAAUGGGACUCUGAGAAUUUGAAGCUUGAAACUGCCAUUUCAUUUAAGGGUCCAGGUUUGGAAGAGGAGAGAGCUGGUGGGUCUAUUAGUUUUGGAGAUAAAGAAAAUAACCAAGCAUCUCCAUUAAAACCCAGUAAUAGCAUCAAGGAAUCCUCUCUCAGGCCCCUAAAUUUUGGAAAUAAAGAAAAUAACCAAGCAUCUCCAUUAAGACCCAGUAAUAGCAUCAAGGAAUCCUCUCCCAGGCUCCUAAACGAAAGGGAUGCAGCAGCCGUUAAGCUUCAAAAGGUAUACAAGAGUUACCGGACGCGAAGAAAUCUUGCAGAUUGUGCCGUCGUUGUUGAGGAGCUCUGGUGGAAGGCACUAGAUUCUGCAGUUCUAGAGAGGAGCUCUGUGACCUUUUUUGAUAUAACAAAACCAGAGUCCGCUAUUUCUCGGUGGUCCCGAGCAAGACUAAGAGCAGCCAAGGUUGGGAAGGGUUUAUCGAAGGAUGAAAAAGCACAAAAGCUAGCUUUGCAACACUGGCUUGAGGCGAUUGAUGCUCGCCAUCGUUAUGGACAUAAUCUGCACUUUUAUUAUGACAUGUGGUAUGAAAGUGCAAGUUGCCAACCCUUCUUCUACUGGUUGGAUGUUGGUGAUGGGAAAGAGGUAAAUCUUGCUAAGUGCCCUAGGUGUGAUCUUAAUCGUCAAUGCAUCCAAUAUCUGGGCCCGAAAGAAAGGGAAGCAUAUGAGGUGAUUGUAGACAAUGGGAGGCUUGUGUAUAGGCAAAGUAGGAUUAUUUUGGACACAACUGAAGGGACUAAAGGGUCAAAAUGGAUUUUUGUCCUGAGCACAUCGAGGAACUUAUACGUGGGGCAGAAGAAGAAAGGCUCAUUUCAACAUUCUAGUUUUUUGGCUGGGGGAGCUACAUCAGCAGCCGGAAGAUUAAUUUCUGAAAAAGGAAUUCUCAAAGCCAUAUGGCCAUAUAGUGGUCACUACCUCCCAACUGAGGAGAACUUUAAAGAGUUUGUCACCUUUCUCAAGGAGAAUAAUAUCGACCUCACCGAUGUCAAGACAAGCGCAAUGGACGAUGACAACCCAAGCGAGACAUCAAAAUCCGAGAAGGCUGAGGCUCUUGCUUCUGAGGUCUCAGUGUCAGCUGCUAUGGUCGUUGAUAACCAAAACAUGGAAUCCUCCACAACCAAGAAACCCAAAGAAGAGAAGGAUGAUACAUUAGAGGAGGCCGAGGUAGAGGCUGCACCAUGUCCUCUUGGAAACCGUCUAUCAUCUAAGUGGACAACUGGAGCUGGUCCACGUAUUGGGUGUGUUAGGGACUAUCCAAUAGAGCUCCAAUUUAGGGCAUUGGAGAAGGUUAACCUUAGCCCUAGGACCAUCCCUUCACCCUUUGGCCAACAUCAAGGGCCUAUUCCUUCGCCACGCCCUAGCCCUAGGGUAAGGCUAUCCCCUAGGCUAUGUGGGGUACCCCUUCCGAGCCCUGUGCCCAGACCACCCACCAAACUAAGUCUCCCUACAAUUGGAAGGAAACUUUGAGCAUUAGGCCUUGGAACCACCCCUGGGGCCAAAUCCUUCAUUUCGCUCCAUGUCAUAGGGUAAGGUCAUCCCCUAGUCUCUUAAAGGUAUCCCUAACCAUAGGGUCUCCAUGAACUAAAGCUCCCUGCAAUUGGAAAGAAGAUUGCUCCAGUUUUGGUUCGUUUUCUAGGCCUUGGGUAUUUUUUAUUGGUUUGCAAUUGUUAUGUUUUAUUGGGGAAUUGGGACACAACCUUUGUUUCCCAUUGGGAUUUAGAUUUUUUCAUUUUUCUUUUGCUGGGAAUAACCAUUCUUUAGUUUAAUAGUUGACUACGAUGAAAUUUUUUUUUUUUUUUCCUGUUGUGAAGAAUAACCAUUCUUUUCUUAAUUUCAUUGUACAAAGCGGCUGUGUAUCAUGAGAAGAUUCAUGUGAAGAAAAUGAUUCAUUAAUUGCAAGAUAGUACCUCAUUUUUAUC